CCUGUCUUAGCCUCCGCAUCAGUCAGACAGACACAGAACAACAAGACUUGGGUCGUCUCAGCUACAAGGCUGUCUCGUUAAGUCAACUCAAGUCAAGGACUUUGACUGAAGUUACCGUAAACCGAUUGAGGACUAUUGAUCUUUGAGGGAUCUUCAGCGUGACGUUGAGGGCCAUGGAUGUGUUAUCAAGAGCUGUGAUGUGUUUCUGCUUGAUGGGAUGGAUGACUUUAGGAUGGAGUCAUGCUGCUCAGUACACAUCAAUGAACAUGAAGAGAAACAUAGACAAACUGAAAGUCCACUAUAAGAUCUCCAAGGACCAGCUGUUCAACGGAAACCCUGUUUUCCCCAAGGACACGUUUGAGGACAGUGAGCGGAGGGUGUUGAUGAGUGUGGUUCUGGACGUGUAUCUGAGUAUCUUCGGCCAGAUGCUGAACCAGACGGGGGACCAGGAAAUGAUUGAGAGUCUGAAAUAUGUCAAGGGGAAAAUUCAGGAUCUCCAGAAACACUAUUUCCUGGGGAGGACACCUGAGCUGAGGACACACCUGCAGAACCUGUGGGCCAUCGAGACCAGUGACACCACAGUCCAGGGGAAGGCUCUGUCCGAGUUCAUUACCAUCUACGAGAAAGCCUCCAAACUGGCCCUUAAGUUCCAUCUAAAGAAGGACAACCGCAGGAAGAGACGGCAAGCCCAGAGGCUCAAAUCACACAUCAUGUAGAUGACCAAUCGUGUUUACUGUUUACUGCUAGGUGUAGGGUGAAGAUACACCUGGAAGCUGACCUUGGGUCAGUUUAGCAUUUCCCCCUCUAACGGUGAAGGUUAGGAUUGGGGGAGGGAGGCUGAUCCUAGAUCUGUACCUAGGGGAACCCCCCAUCCAAAAGCCACAGUUGAGAUACAUAUUGAAGUAAAAAUUUUCCUUGAUACAAAAUACCUCAACUGGACAUCUAUUUAUAAAAUGUAUUUAUUUAAUCGAUGAAAUCACGCACAAUACUCAAUGGUAUAUUAUCAUUGAUAAGAGUAUUUAGUUUUCUCAAUACAUUUAUAUUUAUUAUUCAUUAUCUAGAAAAUGUUUUUUUUUUUUUAAUAAAUAGUUAUUUAUUGCUAAAUCUGUCAAUUCUAUGACUGAAUAAACAGACACUGAUGAAA